CCACCGUCCGUCGCGGGGCUGAGCCCGCUGGUGGGGCUAAUUCGUGUCCAAUUACUUCCCGGACACUCAUGCCUCAUCGGCCGCCCUCCCUGCCCCAUCUUGGAGGCGUCACCGCGGUUAUCCUCUUCGCCAUCGUUCUCGCUGCCUUCGUCGUUGAGAGCGAGCUCGCGCAAUAUGUGCAAACGACGCUGGAGUUUAGGCAGCCCUUCUUCAUCUUCUAUGUCGUCCAUUCGUCAUUCGCCAUCAGCUUCCCCUUACAUGUACUCUACCUCCGGACGACAACAAAGUACACCCUGAGCGGCCUGCUCAGCGGUCUCAAGUUGGCGAUCACCGACCAUCUAGCACCUAAAGGGGUACAACCCUAUACUGGCACUUCGUUCCCGUACCGCAAGUUCAUCACGCUUGUGUUAACCUUGACUCUGGGGAUGACCCUCCCUGGACUCCUAUGGUUCGCUGCAGUAUCUCUAGCUCCACUCAGCGACGUGACCGCUAUCUGGAACACGAACCCUUUCUUCGCCUACAUCCUCACCGUUAAGCUCUAUGGACUACGCUGGGAAUCUCGCAGACUCGUCGGCGUCGUCCUUGCGACAGCAGGCGUUAUGGUAGUCGUCUAUGGCGGCAUGAAGACGGAGGACGGCAGCGGAGUAACAGCGCGCUCGCCGCGUCCAUCGCGUGCCCUCGUUGGUGACGUCCUAACGCUGCUGGCCGCCUUAGUACAGGGGCUAUAUCAGGUCAUGUACAAGCGCUAUGCCGCUCUUCCCAAUGACCCGGAACUGCAGGAGGACGAAGACUACGAGCGCCUCUCCGAAGAGGACCCUGACACACGGUCCGAGACGAGCAGAAUUAUACCUGUGCCCGAUGACGAUAUCGUGCAUCCUCCGCCCUUCGGUUUGCACCCAACCUUCUUGACAUCCCUCGUUGGUCUCGCAACAGGCACUGUCCUAUGGAUCGCAUUCCCAAUCCUCGACUACCUAGACAUGGAGCCCUUCAAGCUACCUCCCAACUCGCGCGUUGCUUUCGGGAUUGCUGGUAUCGCUUUGAGUGGCGUCGUGUUCAACUCCGGCUUCAUGAUUUUGCUUGGAGUAUGGGGUCCCGUCAUCGCAAGCGUCGGAAGCUUGCUGACCAUAGUACUGGUCGUUAUUUCGGAUGCUCUCUGGGGAGCAGGUCUGGAAGCGUUGACUUUCUGGAGCAUCUGCGGGUCAACAAUCAUCGUUGCCGCCUUCGGGAUGCUCGCAUACGACGUAUACCAGAAGUCAUAUGCACCAAGCACGACUUCUCAUGUUCACGAUUAAUUUAAUGGCUACCAUGUCCUCUGCGUCCCUUGAACGUUCCAAUCGU